AAUAGGAGAAGAGUUUCACCUGGAGGUACACACGCCUUCUUGGAGCGCAGACAGAUGCCGGCUGGUGCAGAACUCCAUCCAUGCUGCACCUCCUAAUGUGGAAUAAAGCGUCCAUUCAGACCCGGACCUCCCGCUCCAUCUGGUCUUCCACUGGAUAGAUUUGCACUUUUUCACAUUGAAAUGCGCGGCAGCAGGUGUCCUCAGCAGCUUCUUCUCUUCUUCUCCUCACUUAUCUUCUCAAAGGUGCAGGAUGUGAUGGGAUCAGGUCUCUCAUGUGUCAGAUCCAGUCCUGCAGGUGACGGUCGGACGCGCGUUUCGUUCCUGCGAGAAGACUCGGCCGGCGCGCGCUCUCUGUACCUGAGCCUGUGGUCUGAGGACGCACAGCUGCUCACCUGCGACGUCAAUCAAAGUCCUCUGGUUACAGGAAACUACCGCUCUCUCUGCGACAGGAGCGGCACGCGGGAGGAAGAGCUCAGCCGCAGGUUCGACAUCAGCGCGCUGUUGGCCCCGGAGUCUCCGUGCGCACGCGGAUCAUCCUCCGGUGCCAAGUUCUCCAAGCGCGCGAGAGGAGAUGGGACAGCGGUAAGAAGUCGGAAGAGACGCGGGAUGACAUUUCCAGGGACGCUGUGGUGUGGCACCGGAAGUGCAGCGGCUGGAUUCGAUGAGUUAGGUGAGGAUGGAGAUCUAACCUCUGCAGCAAAGCUGUCAAAGAUAAACUACCGUAUUUUACUCCUCUCUCCCGUCGUCCUUUCCUUAGUUCUCUCCCGUAAAUCUUCCGUUUGAUAACAUGUAUAUAAGAAAAGUCAUUUUUCUGCUUCUCCAAACUGAACUCUGUCACUAACGCACAAAGUAUCCACGAUGAAUUAACACCCCUGGAAAAUUUCAUAUUUUCCAAACCAAAACGUGACAGAUAUACUCUAUAGAGACUUCUCUAUAGACUGUAUCUAGAAUAGACUCCGUCUGUCUCCUCACUCUGAGAACAGCGCCCUCUGGUGACGGGCUGCAGUAUAGUUCAUAAACCCCGCCUCCUUAUGGAGCUGUGGACAAACUUUAUAAAUGAAUGACACAGAAUAUAAAUGUUUCUCCCCCCUGGUUGUGAUGUUGACAUGUAGUUACUGUCAGACUGGUUUGUGCUCAAGUCCUCUUUUUUCUGUACAGCUCCAUUUUUAAAAGUUAUUAGGGGGUUCAUGUUUUCUUUGAUUGACACCUGAUACAGCCUAUGGGAGGACAGAGAUUGAGUAGAUCACCGGGGGAUACGCUGUUUGAGCCGAGUGUCAUCACAGCGACACUACCGCCGAACACUACUGUGCAAAUGCCUGUUUUAGGAAAUUGAGAAAAUCCCGGAAAUACAGAGAGCGAUUCGGCUUCAAAUUCAUACAAUGACAGGAGGCGGAGCCAACUUAUCCAUCUUUAUAUAGCCUAUGGUUGAUAUCCAACAGGACUCCGAGGAAUAAUCUAGGGCAUAGACCGUAUCUACUAUGGACAACUUGGCUCCGCCUCCCUCCUGUAUGAGGAUUUGAAGCUGAAAAGUUCUGAGUAAUUCUGCGUUUUUUCUCCACUUCCUGAAACCAACAUUGCGCAGUAGCGUUGUGCGCAUUCGGCAGGAGAGUUGCUGUGAUGAUGCUCGGCUCAAACCGCGUAUCCCCCGGUGAUCUACUCAAUCUCUGUCCUCCCAUAGGCUGUACCAGGUGUCAAUCAUAGCUAACAUGAACCCCCUAAUAACUUUAAAAAAUGGAGCUGUACAGAAAAAAGAGGACUUGAGCACAAACCAGUCUGACAGUAACUACAUGUCAACAUCACAACCAGGGGGAAGAAACAUUUAUAUUCUGUGUCAUUCAUUUAUAAAGUUUGUCCACAGCUCCAUAAGGAGGCGGGGUUUAUGACCUAUACUGCAGCCAGUCACCAGGGGGCCACCAGCAUGGCCCUGUUACACACAGCGCAAAAGUUACAGAUACUUAACCCCGGCUCAGAGAAAGAGCAGCGUAUCAGUUAUCUCAUGGUCAUAUGAUGCUUGUGGAGUUGACCUUAGUGGGCCUCUGUAAGCCCCCUCAGGUCUGAAUAUUAGAUUCUUUCAGAGGGCCCACACCUCUUAUGAACGCAUGAAUAAUGCAUGCUCAUAAAACUGAAGUGACGAGGUUUUAAUAAGGAUUAAAAACACACACAUUAGCUGAGCUGUAGUAAACUGAUCAGUUUGAUUUUCAGUCAUUUAAGGUGAGUUGCUCCCUCACUUUAAAAUCCAUCAGUGAUGAGGAUAAUGUGCAGUUUAAGAGAGAGUGCUGUUGCAAAAAUACCAAAUCUAUGAGCCUAAAGAAAAAGGUUUAUUUCCUCUGUAGGUCCUUUAGAUCAGAGACCUUCAUUUUCAAACCUGGUUCUGCGGGGGCGUUUCAGUUUCAGUUCAUGGAGGUUAUCCGUGUUUGCAGACUUGUGUCCUCUGAUUGAACUUCUCUCUCUCUCUCUCUCAGGGAUGUUUGAGAGUGCAGACAGAUGCUGCCGCGAACAUGACCACUGUAAGCACAACAUCCCGGCUUUCACGAUGAACUACGGUGUCUUUAACUCCAAAUUCUACACCGUCUCCCACUGUGACUGUGACCAAAGGUGAGCUGCAGCAGGCUGAGCCGGGGACGAGUUUACACACUUAAAGGGAAACACAGAGACCUUCUCCUGACCUGUGACGGUCAUGUGAGAGGAAAACGUGCAGAGAGGUUCAAGUCAUGAAUUAAACUGUCAGUUUAAACCUCCAUCGCUCUGAUGACAGUCUCCUCCUCUCUCCUAUGGCGGUACCAUGGCGUCCUGUCACUGUGCCAGUAAAGGGAUUUGAGCUGAGGAGCUCAGGGCCGUGUGAUAUCACUGUUCAUCCAGGGGUGAUAAAUAUAUCACUGCCAUCAGCCCCCCAGAUAAACCUCAAGAGUGAACAUGUUGCUCCUCGUUUUAGUGUUUGCAGGGCAUUGAAUUCCUUCUUCUAUUAUUGUAAAGCUGCUAAGUGUCUCUCUGUUUGAUUCACAUGGAGAGCUGACAGGUGCACGUUUAACAAGAACGUGCCUGACUUAUUUCACCCUCCAGCUAAACCAGGAUCCUCCAUUUCAAACUUUUUGGACUUUGCAUAAGUCGUAGACAAAACUAGGUAGCGUUCAAGGACAUGUAUGUUAAUUUGUCUGCACUGUCGUGACCUCGGUGUGUGUCCCGCCCCUCGCAGGUUUCGUCAGUGUCUGCUCAAAGUGAACGACACCAUCUCCAGCAUGGUGGGCUACAGCUUCUUCAACGUGAUUCAAGUUCCCUGCUUCGAGCUCAAACCGCAGAAGCGCUGCACUAAGAUGUACUGGUGGGGACUGUAAGCAGCACACACACAUACAUGCACGCAUGCACAUGCACACACACACUGGUGCAUGCAGCUUAUACUGUAUGAUAUGACACAACGGCAAACCAUAAAGAAGACAUUAAUGCAGUGGAGAGUGCAGGUACAGUUCAGCUGGUAGAUCAGCAGAUAUGCUUCUGCUGCUUGUAAUAACAUGCCUGACUCUCUGCCAAACCGCACACACAUACACACACACACACACACACACAGCAUCAUGCAGCAGCAGCUCAGCUUGAGCAGGUUACUAACAGGUGAUCACGCCCACAAACGAACGCUGGUGAAGGUUUUUACACAGCGGUAGAAAGUCACUGACAUGCUGAACAUCAGUGACUUUAAUCCAAGAGUUCUGAGUGUCAGUUUGAAGCUGUGAUUGUAACUGCUUACAAAAAUCCGCCUUGUGUAAGUUUAAUAUACCUGUGAGGAAUGUGGUGUAAAGCUGUAAGUACAGGAUGUACAGUUGAAGAGGAAAACACGCCCCUUUUUCCACUGCUUGGUUUUAACAUGCAUGUUUACCCUCUAUAGGUGCAAAUCUGCAAAUGUGGCUCCAUACGCCGUCUUCAAAAGUCCCCUCCCUUACAACAGCUCUGAUCCUGCAAACAAACACGCAGACAACACCAACAGAGAGAAGGUCACGAGGACCGAGAAGAAUCAGGCGACCAAAAGCCCAAAAGCGAUCAGCACAAAGUCACCAAAGAGUGAUCAGAGAUGCAGCGACCCGCCCAGAGGAGACACGUUCCAGCACAAGAGGAAGGGCAAAGGAUGCCGAGGACGCCAGCGAGGGUCUACAGUCGCUCCUGUGACCACAAAGGUGAACACGACGUCUCCUGAGAGGAAAACACAUCCGUCCAAGAACAGCACCGCCGUGUCAAAUCAAAAAAGAGCGGGAAAAAAGAAGAGCAGCAGACAGAGGCUGUCGGCCAACACAGACAGAGUGACCACAAACCCUUUCUUACAGACAACACAGAGAACCCCGUCCUCUACACAGAAUCCAGCUUUUCACACACAUGCACCGACAGCCGCCACCAAAACCAACACAAGUAGGACAAAAAGCCAGAAACCGGGUCUCUGCUGUGGACUCAGGACGCCUCUGAGAGGAGACGCUUUUCAGCCAAGGUGUAAAAAAUGUGCCAAACACCAAACAGCAUCUCAAACUACGACUGCUGCACCCUCAGAAACCACGCCCAGAUUACCUGAGAAUCAGCGGCUCACAAAGACGACAGAGGGAGCCAAAGAAGACACCUCGAGGAGACCCCUGAGCAGAGGACCAUCCUCCAAAACAAACGAGAGCGAGACACUGAAGAUGAAGACGUCUCAUUGGAUACAAAAGAAGACAAACCAAGAGUCCAUGAACCAAACCACGGCCCUGAACACACCUGUGAUGACAAACCUGACAGGUGAGUGAUCAUGGAGUUACUGAGACAGUCCUGAAUCUGUCCACAAUAACAGACUCCUGAUUUAAACUAUGGUGAUGAAGGUCACUUUGACAGGAAGUCUUCAUGUAUCUCUGUAUGACUCUGACAGGUGUCACCAGCUGCUAAUUUAAGGCUGGAACCUCCCGGAUGUGGAGUUAGACUAACAAGCUUUUCUUGAGCGUCAGCAGGCGUCUGAGAAGCAUCGUUAUGUAAAGAGAUGUGGGCACACUGUGAGAUAUCCUGUGAUUAUUUCUGCUCUUACAGACCCUUACCUCCUGUGUGCCAGCCUCAAACACCUGGAUGACUGCAGGUAUAAAAUCGCUCCUCAGGAGAACAAGUUUGAUCUGCAGAACACGGAGACGAAGACGGCCUACCACUGUGACUGCACCAGCCGGUAACUGCUGUAACAUCACCUUCUCACGUCUCUCUGCCGUCUGUGCAAACGGAUUAGUAUUCGUUAGAAAUUAGGGUAAAAAUGUGAGAAUUUAUUUAAAUACUAGUAUGAUUACAUAUCCUGAAAAUCACAGUGCCAAGGAGGAAACUUUAGUGGAAAAGAUCCUUCUUAUUAAAAGUCAAAAUGAUGAGCUCAAAAAUCUGAAUGAUGAGAUACAAAGUCCAAAAUAUUUGUUUAAUGAGAAAAAAAGUCAAAUUACUAAGAGGUUCAAAUUAUGAAACGACAAAUAUGAUGAAAUCAGAAAAGAGGAAUCACUUCUUUUUCACUUUUUAUUCCCUCCCUGACCUGUGAAAGCAGAGAACCAGUGUCAUGGACCUGGAUGUUCUGAUAAAACCCGUUUCAUCGUUUUUCACCGUCAUUCGUUAGACUCUACAGAGCUGAGGUUUCCAAAUCCACGACUAAAUAAACCAUCCUGAAACAUUCAGCAGAACUUUAAAGUUCACGCUCUCUCCAACUGUAGACUUUGUCUUAUCUUGUGUGUUUUGGCGAAACACCAACAGUUCAUCUAAACAUGAUUAUCACCCCGGAAACAGAUUUACAGGCAACAGGCGCCAAGGACACGCACGCCUCCCUCAUGCAGCUUAUGAAACAAACUAAGAGCUUUUACCCCGAUUAUCCAUUAUGAGGGUGUUUCACAUUCCUGAGCGACCUCAAGGUUCAACCUGCAGAUGACGUAACCACGGCAACCGUGGGCACACAGCGUAGUCCUGCAGAAGAUGGAAAUAAAGUACAGGAAGGUGUUUACUCUUUGUUAGAGGAAUAAGGCUCUUACUGUGCUAAAACCAUUGGAAGUAAUUAAAGGGCUGUUUCAGCAGAGUCCAGCAGAGUCCAGCAGAGUCCAGCAGAGUCUGGAGUCUCUACAACGAUCAGGAGACUGAAAGGAUUCACUUCAGGAGCGUUUGUUAAAAGUAAAAUUUCUGCUCAUUGCUCAACGUUCCUGUAAGAAGGUUUUAUCUAGAAAUGAAACAGACCGCUAACAUCAGUGAUGUUUCUUCAUGACCUACAAAAGCAAAAAAGAUCGUCCACAGAAAGACCGACAGAAAGACCGACAGAAAGACUGACAGUUAGACUGACAUCUCCUGUUUAGUGUCUGCGACUGCUGUGAGGGGACAGGUGCUAGAAAAAGGCCACAGACAAUACUCAAAGUGAGAGACUUGAUUGUGAAAGAAAAGAAAAUACUUCUAAUCAUAAAAUCCCUCAAACACGUAUUAACGACAAAUAUCAGCAGAGAUCAGGUGUGUGACUUUGUCCACGAACAGGAAGUUCCUCAUAAGACUGACCAAAAACACAACCACUGCUCAGAUGUUGGACAUGCUGCAGAACUUUCCUGAAUACCAGGACUCUCUGAGGACAGGUCCAAAAACACCCCACAGUCAGGUUCCUGACUGUGCUUCUGCAGCCAGCCUCUAGUGGACACUCUGAGAACUGCAGUCUACAAGCACUUCAGCAUCAGCUUCAUUUCCACAGACCGGAGGGUGUGGCUCGAAAAACAAGUUCCUAAUUUACAGGGUCACUUUUUCAUUCGUAACACCGAUAUCUACAGGUUUAGUACUUAAUGUGUUAUUGUUGGUCUGAGAGUAUUAGCAUGAGUAUUAGCCCCUCCAGAGUACUACUCAUCUUUAAGAUAAUAAUAAUAAUGCUUGUACAAAAAGAAGGUGUACUUCUCCUUAAAUUGGAGCUGAGUCAUCUGGUCUUAUGUAUAGUACAGAGGUUAUUUUAACAGUUAAAUAUAGGCUGUGACCUCUGUGACGGUGUGCAUCACUCUGACUGUAUCUAUAGUAGUGUAUGGCUGCUGUGGUUUCUCUCUGCAGCAUGCUGUAAUAAAGAGGAAGGCCGGCCCCCCCUCAGGCGGCUCUUUCCUCCUUUGUCUGUGUCCAUAUGAGUCACCCAUGAAUACAUCCAUCACACCGUAUACCGUGUCACUCCAUCCUGUUGUUUCCUGCUUUUUAUCUGAAUGUGAGUUUGAGUGUUUUUAUCCUUUUUACAGCCUGGCUCUUCACAUUCAGACCUUCUCUCAGCCCGGUGUCCUCCUCUCACUGCUGAAGGACUUUGUCUCUCCGGACUGCUUCAGACUGCCAGAGAAGAAGAAGAAGGAGAAGUGUCACAACCAGAAAAGGUUUCCAGCUCCUGUCUCCUGAUUUAUGUUCACCUCAGUGCCAGUCUCCCGUCUCCUGUGUUAGCUCGUUUUGCUGCCGCCGUACAGAUUUUAAGGUUGGGUUCUGUGUCUAAUACUCUUUAUAUGUUUCUUCUCUAGCUGUUCUGGAGGCUUCACUAAAGCCUCUGACCUACUUCAAGCACUUAAGAAGAUAGAAGGGAGAGACACUGCUGGGGUGCGAAAUUCAGUCAGUGACAGGAAAAGAGGGAUUCCUGUUCGCCUGUGGAAGCGAUGCCUGAGGCUGCAGAGAGAAGCUGAUAUCAUGGCCCAACUCACACGAUUAUAGACUAAGCUGCUGUGUGCAGCAACAAUGAGUUUAAUAAGCUUUACGUUUCAUGCAGCAUUUUCUGUUUCUGUCUGACGGGGUGAAUUGGCAGUCUGUUGAAAUGUUCAAGGAUUAAAACUCAAGACUAUUGUACUAUAUUUGUAAGUAUGCCAUGGAUCAACUUUUCAUAUAUUUAUGAAGAAAUCCCAUCCUCUGUCUGACUGUGCCUUAAAAUUGGAAUAAAACGGUUUAUUUUCUGCCUCUGCUUA